UUCGUUUCGUCCAUCACCGAGAAUCGCCCAUUCGCCACACCCAUAGAUUACUCUGCUCAUCUCUCUCGGCCCAAUCGAUUCGCGGCGAGAUUCGUACCCACCGUUGUUUGUCGUUUUCCGUUCAACACGAUAUUCGACGGUCGCCGGGCUUUGGAUAAUCGAAACGGGCGGAAAACUCUCCGAUCGCCAUGGGAUCGCUGUUCCGCAGCGAAGAGAUGGCCCUGUGCCAGUUAUUUUUGCAGAGCGAAGCUGCGUACGCCUGCGUAUCCGAACUCGGAGAGUUGGGUCUAGUUCAAUUCAGAGACUUGAAUCCGGAUGUCAAUGCUUUCCAACGCAAGUUUGUCAGUGAGGUACGUCGAUGCGAUGAAAUGGAACGGAAAUUGCGCUACUUGGAAAAAGAGAUUAAAAAAGAUGGAAUACCUAUGUUGGACACUGGUGAAAAUCCAGAAGCUCCUCAGCCUCGUGAAAUGAUUGACCUUGAAGCGACAUUUGAAAAAUUAGAAAACGAAUUGAGAGAGGUCAAUCAUAAUGCUGAGGCCUUGAAACGUAAUUUUCUUGAGUUAACUGAAUUAAAACAUAUUUUAAGAAAAACUCAAGUGUUCUUUGAUGAGACUGAACAGCAAAUGGGUACCGCGGUUGCUUCGCAGAUGGCUGACCCGAAUCGGGAGGACGAGCAAGUGACACUGCUAGGAGAGGAAGGACUUCGUGCCGGUGGUCAAGCCCUCAAACUAGGGUAUUCUACUCGGUUGUUAAUCUGGGGUUCAAAAAUCUUGAAAAGAUCAGAAUCAAAAUUUGAACCAGAAAAGGUUGGGAACUUCUAUUUUAGAUUUGUUGCUGGAGUCAUUCUGCGCGAGAGAAUCCCUGCAUUUGAGCGAAUGUUAUGGCGUGCCUGUCGUGGAAAUGUAUUUUUAAGGCAAGCAGAAAUAGAAACUCCAUUAGAAGAUCCAUCAACCGGAGAUCAAGUUCAUAAAUCAGUUUUUAUAAUAUUCUUCCAAGGAGAUCAAUUGAAGUCUCGAGUGCGUAAAAUAUGUGAAGGAUUCCGCGCUACAUUAUACCCAUGUCCUGAAGCUCCAUCUCAACGUCGUGAAAUGGCUAUGGGAGUUAUGACUCGAAUUGAAGAUUUAAAUACUGUAUUGGGACAAACACAAGACCAUCGUCAUCGCGUACUUGUUGCUGCUGCAAAAAAUAUAAAAAAUUGGUUCAUUAAAGUUGUUAAAAUUAAGGCAAUUUAUCAUACAUUAAAUUUAUUUAAUUUGGAUGUUACACAAAAAUGUUUAAUUGCUGAAUGUUGGGUACCUUUGCUUGAUAUUGAAACUAUACAGUUGGCAUUACGUAGAGGAACAGAACGUAGUGGUAGUUCUGUACCUCCCAUAUUAAACCGGAUGGACACAUUUGAGGAUCCACCAACUUACAACAGAACAAAUAAAUUUACAAGUGCUUUCCAAAAUUUAGUAGAUGCUUAUGGAAUUGCCAGUUACAGAGAAAUAAAUCCAACUCCCUAUACCAUCAUCAGUUUUCCAUUUCUAUUCGCUGUGAUGUUUGGCGAUCUUGGUCACGGAGGUUUAAUGUUUUUGUUUGCUGCUUUCUUAGUAUUACGUGAAAAGCAAUUAGCUGCCAAGAAAUCUGAUAAUGAAGUAUGGAAUAUAUUCUUUGCUGGUCGAUAUAUUAUACUACUCAUGGGUCUAUUUUCCAUGUAUACUGGUCUAAUAUACAAUGAUAUAUUUUCAAAAUCCCUUAAUUUAUUUGGAUCACAUUGGCAUACAAAUUAUAAUGAAUCAACAGUAAUGCAUAAUAAAGAUUUACAGAUAAAUCCUUCAUUGUCAGCUGAUUAUGAUCAAGUUCCAUAUCCAGUGGGACUUGACCCUAUUUGGCAGUUGGCUUUAAACAAAAUUGUUUUCUUAAAUGCUUAUAAAAUGAAAAUUUCCAUUAUAUUUGGCGUAUUGCACAUGUUAAGUGGUGUAAGUCUAAGUUUGUACAAUUAUAGGUACUUUAAAGAUCGGAUAUCCAUCUUCUGUGAUUUUAUUCCUCAAGUAAUAUUCUUGACAUUCCUUUUCUUUUAUAUGGUUUUAUUGAUGUUUAUUAAAUGGAUAUCGUACGGACCUCAAAAUGAUUUUCCUGAUAGCCCCGCGUGUGCUCCGUCCAUUUUAAUUACAUUUAUUAAUAUGGUGUUAUUCAAAAAUGCUGAAGCUCUUCCUAAUUGCAAUACUGUUUAUAUGUUUGCAGGACAGGGUGUUUUACAAAAGUUUCUGGUAUUAGUAGCACUCUUGUGUGUACCAAUUAUGUUACUUGCUAAACCCAUAUAUAUUAUGCGUCAACAAAAAGAAAAGCAUGUCCAGUUAGUUAAUGGUCAUGCAACAACUGAAAAUGGUGAUGCUGAAGGAGCGGGUCGAGUUGUUCAGCAACCACCACCAGCUGGGGGACACGAUGAAAAUGAAAUUGGUGAACUCUUUAUUCAUCAAGGUAUUCAUACAAUUGAGUAUGUACUUGGUUCCGUGAGUCACACAGCAUCAUAUCUUCGUUUAUGGGCUCUUUCAUUAGCUCAUGCUCAAUUAUCUGAAGUAUUAUGGAGUAUGGUUAUGACAAAAGGCCUCAUUCUAGAAUCAUGGAUAGGCGGAGUUUGGUUAUGGUUCGUCUUUGGUUUUUGGGCAAUCCUUACAGUGGGAAUUCUUGUACUUAUGGAAGGUCUUUCUGCGUUCUUGCACACUCUUCGUUUGCACUGGGUUGAGUUCCAGAGCAAAUUUUACAAAGGACUUGGUUAUGCAUUUUCACCAUUUUCUUUUGAAGUUAUUUUAAAUACAGCUUCAACUGCAGUCGAAGAAUAAUUUAACACAUUCAGUUAAUGAAUGUAGUAAUAUUUUAGAACUUUAGUUGUAUUCAUUAAUACUAUUAAGAAUAAACUUUAUAUCAUAAAUUAA